CUUGAUAGCGUUUGAGCGCGGCGCUGUGGCUACCAUGUAGCAGGUUAGAAACAUCGACUCCGCCCAUAAAGAAUUGAAUGAAUUAAGUGUACAUGGGGCUGUGCUGUGUUCGUAAGAUCUCAGUUUAUCAGUUUUUUAAACUUUAAAAUAAUCACUUGGCAUGAAUCAUGCAACAAUAAUGUGCGACAUGGACAGGCCUAUUGAACCAGGGCAUUUCUCAACAUGCGAAGCCGGGUUGGAAAAGCAUAUUGUGGGAUGUUGCAGUGUCGAUUUCCCGGUAGCUGCGGUUCUUCCAGCCGGUGGCAGCGGAGAAAGAACGGGGCUAUCGACACCCAAACAAUUCUGCACAUUUCUCAACAGACCUCUUAUUAGCUAUACAAUUCAAACCUUCGAGAGAGUGCCAUGGAUCCAAAGCAUUGUUGUGGUCGUUGCCAAGGAGAGCCUUGAUCUGAUGAUGGACAUUGUCCACCGCUUCCACCAUACCAAGGUCCUGGUGGUGCAUGGUGGAUCUACUCGCCACAGAUCUAUAUUCAAUGGGGUUUGUGCCCUAAGCAAGAGAGAAGAUGGUACAGCUCUGGUCAAACCAAAGGUGGUUAUCAUUCAUGAUGCAGUGCGGCCCUUUGUGGAAGAGGACUUCCUCCUCAAAAUAACAAUGGCUGCAAAAGAGCAAGGGGCUGCUGGAGCUAUUCGUCCUCUGGUCUCCACCGUGAUUGCUGCCACAUCGGAGGGCUAUCUUGACCACUCUCUGGAGAGAACCAAGUACAAAGCCAGUGAGAUGCCCCAGGGCUUCCUGUAUGAUGUCAUCUAUAAGGCAUAUCUGAGUUGCAGUGAGUCGGACUUUGAGUUUGGUACCGAGUGCCUCCAUCUGGUUCUGCGUUACUGCGGUACCAACGCCAAGCUCAUCGAAGGCCCGCCAACCCUGUGGAAGGUGACCUACAAACGAGAUUUGGCUGCAGCGGAGUCCAUUGUCAAAGGGACUCUAUCCGAGUCGGCCUGUGUUGUCGCUGGCGGGUCCAAACGGGCCGCAGAGCUGGCCAGAGUGCUGCAGAAGAGCAUGGGCGUCUUGGGCAUGGAGGUGGAUGUGAUCUCAGACUUGAUAGGAGACAAUGCCAAGUCUCUGUCCAGCAAGUGGAACUUCAUUCUCAUUUCAAUGAACAUUCACUCCCUGUCUGAAGUUGAAAAAACACUGAGUAUGUUGGAGGAUGCAGACCGAGCGCUCCUGCAUCCAGUCGUCAUUAUCUGGGUGCAUUUGAAAUCAUUGGAGGACGACUCAUCCGUCAACGAAGAGCGGGCGGCCAUGAUGGAUCUCGCUUCAGGAGCCAAGCUCAGAAAUGUUUUAGUGUAUGGCAUCCAGCUUCAUCACUCAAAGGAGGCUCAGCUCUGGGAGCGGUCAGUGGAGCGGUUGACCGAGAUUUCGUCUGCUCUGAUCCGGGACAGAACCCCAGCCCUGAUAGGACAGCUGCUCCAGGCGUGAACCAACUAGAAGUCCGAACCACUCAGUUCGCCUCAUUGUUGAUGGCAAUGAGGAACAUGGAAAGCCAUGAAACGGUUGUCUGCUGGGAUUCACUAACCCAAAAACAGUUGUCUGAUGUGAUCCACUACACCAGAAACAGUUGACUGAUGUGAUCCAUUGCACUAGAAACAGUUCAUUGAUGUGAUCCACUACACCAAAAACAGAUGACUGAUGUGAUCCAUUACACUAGAAACAGUUGACUGAUGUGAUCCAUUACACUACAAACAGAUGACUGAUGUGAUCCAUUACACUAGAAAUAGUUAACUGAUGUGAUCCAUUGCACUAGAAACAGUUCAUUGAUGUGAUCCACUACACCAAAAACAGAUGACUGAUGUGAUCCAUUACACUAGAAACAGUUGACUGAUGUGAUCCAUUACACUAGAAACAGUUGUCUGAUGUGAUCCAUUACACUAGAAACAGUUGACUGAUGUGAUCCAUUACACUAGAAACAGUUGACUGAUGUGAUCCAUUACACUAGAAACAGUUGUCUGAUGUGAUCCAUUACACUAGAAACAGUUGACUGAUGUGAUCCAUUACACUAAAAACAGUUGACUGAUGUGAUCCACUACACCAAAAACAGAUGACUGAUGUGAUCCAUUACACUAGAAACAGUUGACUGAUGUGAUCCAUUACACUAGAAACAGUUGACUGAUGUGAUCCACUACACCAAAAACAGUUGACUGAUGUGAUCCAUUACACUAGAAACAGUUGACUGAUGUGAUCCACUACACCAAAAACAGAUGACUGAUGUGAUCCAUUACAAUAGAAACAGAUGACUGAUGUGAUCCACUACGUCAAAAACAGUUGACUGAUGUGAUCCACUACAUCAAAAACAGUUUUCUGAUUUUAUUGACUAUGCCAGAAGCAGUUGACUGAUAUGUUCUACUACACAAGAAACAGUUGAUUGAUAUGAUCCCCUAUGCCAGGAACAGUUGACUGAUGUGAUCCACUACAUCAAAAACAGUUUUCUGAUUUUAUUGACUAUGCCAGAAGCAGUUGACUGAUAUGAUCUACUACACAAGAAACAGUUGAUUGAUAUGAUCCCCUAUGCCAGGAACAGUUGACUGAUGUGAUCCAUUCCACUAGAAACAUUUGACUGAUGUGAUCCAUUCCACUAGAAACAUUUGACUGAUGUGAUCCAUUACACUAGAAACAGUUGACUGAUGUGAUCCACUACACCAAAAACGGUUGACUGAUGUGAUCCACUAUGUCAAAAACGGUUGACUGAUGUGAUCCACUACAUCAAAAACAGUUUUCUGAUGUUAUUGACUAUACCAGAAGCAGUUGACUGAAAUGAUCUACUACACAAGAAACAGUUGAUUGAUAUGAUCCCCUAUGCCAGGAUCAGUUGACUGAUGUGAUCCAUUACACUAGAAAUGGUUGACUGAUGUGAUCCAUUACACUAGAAAUGGUUGACUGAUGUGAUCCAUUACACUAGAAACCGUUGUCUGAUGUGAUCCAUUACACUAGAAACAGUUGACUGAUGUGAUCCAUUACACUAAAAACAGUUCACUGAUGUGAUCCACUACACCAAAAACAGAUGACUGAUGUGAUCCAUUACACUAGAAAAAGUUCACUGAUGUGAUCCAUAAUACCAAUAACAGUCGACUGAUCUAAGGAUAUUGAUGUAUUCAGAGUUCACUUGGCAAGUGUGUGAGACUACAAUCUGUCAAUGUAUUAAGUGUGUGAGACUACAAUUUGACAUAAAUGAAUGGAACAAUUUAUACUGUAUUACUUUUUUUUUUUUAAUAAAGCACAUAAAAGGA